CGGCCAGGCGAAGCGGAGCCGGCCGUGUGGUGUGUGUGUAUGUGUUCGCGGGGCGCCGUCUCAGCCCCGGGAAGAUGGUGGCGGCCGCGGCGGCGACUGAGGCUAGGCUGAGGAGGAGGAGGACGGCGGCGACGGCAGCGCCCUCGGGCAGGAAGGGCGGGCGGCAUUGGGAUUGGGACGUGACAGGGGCUGGGAGGCCGGGACCGGGGGCCGGGCUGCGUCUCCCAGGACUGCUGUCGCCGUCACUACCGCCGCCACUGCUGCUGCUGGUGCUCCCGCCGCUACUGCUGCUGCUACUGCUGCCCUGGGAGGCCGAGGCCGCAGCCGCCGCCGCGGCAGUGUCGGGCUCAGCCGCAGCAGAGGCCAAGGAAUGUGACCGGCCCUGUGUCAACGGCGGCCGCUGCAACCCUGGCACUGGCCAGUGCGUCUGCCCCGCCGGCUGGGUGGGCGAGCAAUGCCAGCACUGCGGGGGCCGCUUCAGACUGACUGGAUCUUCUGGGUUUGUAACAGAUGGACCUGGAAAUUAUAAAUAUAAAACGAAGUGCACGUGGCUUAUUGAAGGACAGCCAAAUAGGAUAAUGAGACUUCGUUUUAAUCAUUUUGCUACAGAGUGUAGUUGGGACCACUUAUAUGUUUAUGAUGGGGACUCAAUUUAUGCACCACUAAUUGCUGCCUUUAGUGGCCUCAUUGUUCCUGAGAGAGAUGGCAAUGAGACGGUCCCUGAGGUGGUUGCCACAUCAGGUUAUGCCCUUCUGCAUUUUUUUAGUGAUGCUGCUUAUAAUUUGACUGGAUUUAAUAUCACUUACAAUUUUGACAUGUGUCCAAAUAAUUGCUCAGGCCGAGGAGAAUGUAAGACCAGCAACAGUACCGGCAGUGUGGAGUGUGAAUGUUCUGAAAACUGGAAAGGUGACUCGUGUGACAUUCCUUACUGUACAGACAACUGUGGUUUUCCUCAUCGAGGCAUCUGCAAUUCAAGUGAUGUCAGAGGAUGCUCCUGCUUCUCUGAGUGGCAGGGUCCUGGAUGCUCAGUUCCUGUGCCAGCUAACCAGUCAUUUUGGACUCGAGAGGAAUACUCGAACUUAAAGCUGCCCAGAGCGUCUCAUAAAGCUGUGGUCAAUGGAAACAUAAUGUGGAUUGUUGGAGGAUAUAUGUUUAAUCACUCAGAUUACAGCAUGGUUCUAGCGUAUGACCUUGCUUCUAGGGAAUGGCUUCCACUAAACCAUUCUGUGAACAAUGUGGUUGUUAGAUAUGGUCAUUCUUUGGCUUUAUAUAAGGAUAAAAUUUACAUGUAUGGAGGAAAAAUUGAUUCAACAGGCAAUGUGACCAAUGAGUUGAGAGUGUUUCAUAUUCAUAAUGAAUCAUGGGUAUUGUUGACCCCAAAGGCAAAGGAGCAGUAUGCAGUGGUUGGGCACUCAGCACACAUUGUUAAACUGAAAACUGACCGGGUGGUCAUGCUGGUCAUCUUUGGUCACUGCCCACUCUAUGGAUAUAUAAGCAAUGUGCAGGAAUAUGACUUGGAUAAGAACACCUGGAGUAUUUUGCACACCCAGGGUGCCCUUGUGCAAGGGGGUUAUGGCCACAGUAGUGUUUAUGAUCACAGGACCAAAGCCCUGUACGUCCACGGUGGUUACAAAGCUUUCAGUGCCAAUAAAUACCGGCUGGCAGAUGACCUCUACAGAUACGACGUGGACACCCAGAUGUGGACCAUUCUUAAGGACAGCCGAUUUUUCCGUUACUUGCACACAGCUGUGAUAGUGAGUGGAACCAUGCUGGUGUUUGGAGGAAAUACACACAACGACACAUCCAUGAGUCAUGGUGCCAAAUGCUUCUCUUCAGAUUUCAUGGCUUAUGACAUUGCUUGUGACCGCUGGUCAGUGCUUCCCAGACCUAGUCUCCACCAUGAUGUCAACAGAUUUGGCCAUUCUGCGAUCUUACAUAACAGCACCAUGUAUGUGUUUGGCGGUUUCAACAGUCUCCUCCUCAGCGACAUCCUCAUAUUCACCUCAGAACAGUGUGAAGCACACCAGAGUGAAGCUGCUUGUGUGGCAGCAGGACCUGGUGUCCGAUGUGUGUGGGACACAAGGUUAUCUCAGUGCAUCUCCUGGGAGUUGGCAACUGAAGAACAAGCAGAAAAGUUAAAAUCAGAAUGUUUCUCCAAAAGAACUCUUGACCAUGACAGAUGUGACCAGCACACAGAUUGUUACAGCUGCACAGCCAACACCAAUGACUGCCACUGGUGCAAUGACCAUUGUGUCCCUAUGAACCACAGCUGCACAGAAGGCCAGAUCUCCAUUCCAAGGUAUGAGAAUUGCCCCAAGGAUAACCCUAUGUACUACUGUAACAAGAAGACCAGCUGUAGGAGUUGUGCCUUGGACCAGAACUGCCAGUGGGAGCCCCGGAAUCAGGAGUGUAUUGCCCUGCCUGAAAAUAUCUGUGGCGUUGGCUGGCAUUUGGUUGGAAACUCGUGUUUGAAAAUUACUACUGCCAAGGAGAAUUAUGACAAUGCUAAAUUGUACUGUAGGAACCACAAUGCCUUCUUGGCUUCCCUCACAACCCAGAAGAAAGUGGAAUUUGUCCUUAAGCAGCUACAAAUAAUGCAGCCGUCACAGAGCAUGUCCAAACUCACCUUAACCCCAUGGGUUGGCCUUCGGAAGAUCAAUGUGUCCUACUGGUGCUGGGAAGAUAUGUCUCCAUUUACCAAUAGUUUACUGCAGUGGAUGCCAUCUGAGCCCAGUGAUGCCGGGUUCUGUGGAAUCUUGUCAGAACCCACUACUCGGGGAUUAAAGGCUGCAACCUGCAUCAACCCUCUCAAUGGCAGCAUCUGUGAACGGCCUGCGAACCACAGUGCCAAGCAAUGCCGAACGCCAUGCGCCUUGCGGACUGCGUGUGGGGAGUGCACCAGCAGCAGCUCUGAGUGCAUGUGGUGCAGCAACAUGAAGCAGUGUGUGGACUCCAACGCCUAUGUGGCCUCCUUUCCUUUCGGCCAGUGUAUGGAGUGGUAUACCAUGAGUAGCUGCCCCCCUGAAAAUUGUUCAGGCUAUUGUACCUGCAGUCAUUGCCUGGAGCAGCCAGGCUGUGGCUGGUGUACCGAUCCCAGCAACACUGGGAAAGGGAAGUGCAUGGAGGGAUCCUACAAAGGACCAGUGAAGAUGCCUCCACAGGCCUCUGCUGGAGCCGCCUAUCCACAGCCCCUUCUGAAUUCCAGCAUGUGUCUGGAGGACAGCAGAUACAACUGGUCUUUCAUUCACUGUCCAGCUUGCCAGUGCAACGGCCACAGCAAGUGCAUCAACCAGAGCAUCUGCGAGAAGUGCGAGAACCUGACCACCGGCAAGCACUGCGAGACCUGCAUAUCUGGCUUCUAUGGCGAUCCCACCAAUGGAGGCAAAUGCCAGCCAUGUAAGUGCAACGGGCACGCUUCCCUGUGCAAUACCAACACUGGCAAGUGCUUCUGCACCACCAAGGGUGUCAAGGGAGAUGAAUGCCAGCUAUGUGAGGUAGAAAAUCGAUACCAGGGAAAUCCUCUCAAAGGAACAUGUUAUUAUACUCUUCUCAUUGACUAUCAGUUCACUUUUAGCCUCUCCCAGGGUGAUCGCUAUUACACAGCCAUCAAUUUUGUAGCUACUCCUGAUGAACAAAAUAGGGAUCUGGACAUGUUCAUCAACGCCUCCAAAAACUUCAACCUCAACAUCACCUGGGCUGCCAGCUUUUCAGCUGGAACCCAGGCUGGAGAAGAGAUGCCUGUUGUUUCAAAAACCAACAUUAAGGAGUACAAAGACAGUUUCUCUAAUGAAAAGUUUGAUUUUCGAAACCACCCAAAUAUCACUUUCUUCGUUUAUGUCAGUAAUUUCACCUGGCCCAUCAAAAUUCAGAUUGCCUUCUCUCAGCACAGCAAUUUUAUGGACCUGGUACAGUUCUUCGUGACUUUCUUCAGUUGUUUCCUCUCUUUGCUCCUGGUGGCUGCUGUGGUUGGAAGUCAAACAAGUUGUUGGGCUUCCAGGCGUAGGGAGCAACUUCUUCGAGAGAUGCAGCAGAUGGCCAGCCGUCCCUUUGCCUCUGUAAAUGUUGCCUUGGAAACAGAUGAAGAGCCUCCUGAUCUUAUUGGGGGGAGUAUAAAGACCGUUCCUAAACCCAUUGCUCUGGAGCCAUGUUUUGGCAACAAAGCUGCUGUCCUCUCUGUGUUUGUGAGGCUCCCUCGAGGCCUGGGUGGAAUCCCUCCUCCUGGGCAGUCAGGUCUUGCCGUGGCCAGCGCCCUGGUGGACAUUUCUCAGCAGAUGCCAAUAGUGUACAAAGAGAAGUCAGGAGCUGUGAGAAACCGGAAGCAGCAGCCCCCUGCACAACCUGGAACCUGCAUUUGAUGCUGGGGCCAGGAACUCUCCCGCGCACACAGAAGCAUGUGGCCCACCAGAGCUGUCUGCAGGGGAGGGCGCAGACAGGGAAGCAACGGUGCAGGGCGGGGCAGAAGACUGGAAACCCUCAAAGUAUCCGACUCAUCUGCAUGAUCACAAGCUUUCUUUGAUGGUUUCUCCCAUCUGUGUCCGGCAUCUAACCUUUUACUUUUGCAUAGGAAAUAAUUGAUUUAAUUACAGGUCCAGGGAUGAUCUGAUUGUUGUUGGAGGAGGCUGGUGUAGAGCCAGUGAGAGAACUAGGAAUGAUGCCCAUGUUCACUUGUGGAACUGUUCUUGGGACUGUCUCAACUGCAAAAAAUGAAAGAUGAAGUGUUUACACACAGACCUUCGUUAUCAGUUGUUCUUCAACUUGGUCUUUUAAAGACUAGUCAGAUGAAUUAACUUGUUUCAUCUGAAGCCUGCUAUCUUUUUAAAAGAUGUGCUGUUUACUCUUGCACAAUUUUGGCAGAUAUCUCUCUUCCAGGAAGUAGCUUUUUUCUAGUUGAGAAUUAAUAAUGGUCCAUCUCUUUGAAUCAUAUCAAAUUAGAGUAGAAGGGGGCUAUUUUAAUUGUCAAGGUCGGUAGUGUUACUUAGAAUGUAAACAAAUGUAGUAGUAGUUUUCUAUAGCAACUUGAUUUAGUCUUAAUCCAUUUGAAAUGCUCUUUCCCUCUUUCCUCCUCUUUCUCUCUCUCUCUUUCUCACACACACACACACACACACACACACACACACACACACACACUAAGUGCCUAGACUUUAAAUAGAUCUAGCAAUUGGAAAGUUAGUAAGCCUAAGUUUUUACAUAAUAGCAUUCCUACAUUCUUGUAAAAUCUAAAUAGCUACCAUUGGCAGUCUGCUCUUUUUCUAAGAUCUAAUUUGCAGCCAGGAAAGAAUUUUCUCACCCCAAGAAUUUGAUCUAGCAGCAGAGACUGAGGAAAGCAGAAAUGAACUAACUGUGAAAGCUCCUGUUUUUAUUGUUCUCAAAAGGACACUGUCAAGAAGGCACAGUUCCCAUGCACCUCCUACCAGGGCACCACAGAGGAAGGAAGAGACUUGCUUGUGUCACGAGUCUCCUCUAAGCAGAAAAGAACACUGAGUGCACCUGGGAAACCUGGGUCAAAGAGCAGCUGUGGGUUCCUCUUACAGCCUGCUCUGAACCUGUGGGCCAUCCUCAGGCUGGGAGUGCAGCAGACACCAGGAGAAAGACAGCCCCUGCUAUCGGGCAUCACCUGCCCAGAGCCUGGGGAAGGACCUGGAGCUGUCUGCCCUCUCUCCAGCCAGCAGGACUCGGCCCACCCAUCCUCCUUCCAGACCAAGCUGGUGUCUGUGAGGAGAGCAGCAAAUGCCGAUAAGGAUGAAAAGCACAUGGGAAAGAUGGACAAGGAGGGAACACUCUGCCAAAUGGAAAAUGACCAAAUUUAAGAGGGGCAGAACAGUCCCCUGCUCUUCUGCCACAGGGCACUGCCUGGAUGUUGCGUUCCCCAUUUAUGGUGCUCUGUAUUCCGGCAUUAUGCAGCAGCCUCCCACAGUCUCCCUUCUGCUUCAAAACCUGCGACUCUCUGGCAUUUCCUGAUUGGGAUGGACCAUUGGAUGGCAGUGCUCAAGUUUGUGAAUUUAGAGAAAUUAACACUCAGAAGAGCAAAAACUAUGGCAUUUCACCUUUAAAUGCAGUGCCUAGAGAGGGAGUAUGUUCUCUAACACAACACUAACCCCACUCCCAAGAAGAAGCUCCUGGAAAGAUGUUUCCACGGAAGUUGAACCAUAAAACACUUUUGCACAAAACACCUCUACUGUGAGACUCGCCUCUCAAAAAGCUUCUUUUUCACAUCAUUGUUAAAAGAGUGGACAGUUCUAGAAAAGACCCUUCCUCUUAGGAGCUCCCCACAUCCCUACCAGAAUAGAGCACCUGCAGAAUGCCUGCAGCAGCGUUGCCCUUGCCCCUGUAUUACCAAGAAAGGGGGAGGUGAUGGGGCUCAGCCUCCUACAAGGGAGAUCUUCCUUGUUUGUUCAAAGGACCAAAUUUCUUUGGCCAAAGAAGUCUCUUCCCCAUGUUAAUCCUAUGCCUUGAAAUAACAUGCACCGUGACCCCCA